UGUUCUUCAGGAUUAUUAUGUGAAAAUUCACCCUGGAAUUUCUUUUCAGACUUAGCCCCUGGCAGAAAGCCUUUGGAUUGGGAAACAAGGAUGAAAGUUGCUUCAGGAGCAGCAAAAGGACUUGAAUACUUGCACGAAACAGCGAAUCCUCCAGUAAUAUACCGCGACUUUAAAGCAUCAAACAUAUUAUUAGAUGAGAAUUUCAGUCCAAAACUCUCAGAUUUCGGUCUGGCGAAGCUCGGUCCAACAGGAGGCAAGACUCAUGUUUCCACCAGAGUAAUGGGAACUUAUGGCUACUGUGCACCAGAGUAUGCAUUGACAGGCCAAUUGACAACAAAAUCUGAUGUUUACAGCUUUGGAGUCGUGUUUCUAGAGCUCAUCACAGGAAAAAGAGUUAUCGACAAUUCAAGACCAACUGAAGAGCAGAAUCUAGUUGUUUGGGUAUGUACUAUGUACAGAUUUUUUUCUGAAUCUCCAAACUUGAUUUUUGCUAAUGCAUUUCUUGUGCAGGCAACACCAAUAUUUAAAGACAGAAGAAACUAUAAAACAAUGGCAGACCCAUUGUUGGGAGGAAAGUAUCCUAUUAAGAGUCUUAAUCAAGCAGUUGCAGUUGCAGCUAUGUGUCUGCAAGAGGGAGAUUCCAGUCGGCCAUUAAUAAGCGAUGUUGUGACAGCUCUGAAAUACUUAUCGGCAAAGAAAGAAAAGGAAGGUGAGAACGUGGAUGACCAUGUCAAUGCAGCUUUAUCCUGAUAGUUGUACAUAAAAAAAUCAAAACUAAACCGAAUAGACCAAUAGACCAAAUGAUUUAUAGGAGUAGGAAUGGUACAAGC